AUGGCCUGGAUCGCUGACUUGGAGGAAGUCCUAGACCUCUUUGGGCUUCAACGAAAUGAGUGCCCGAAGUGUGUUGCCAAGUACAAGGACCUUGGGGGCAGCUGGACAUGCAAGAUGCAAACAGGCAAGGAUAUUCUGAGGGCACAGCACAAACUUUGGAAGAAGUACCCCAAGGCAACAACUUGGCAAUUUUCAGUAAAAAUUUCACAAUGGUCUGGCCGUGAAAACCAUGACCUCCAGCACCAUCUGGCUGUUGUGGUUGCAGGUGCUUAUCAGAAAGGGACAGUGAAUGAAAGCUCACGUAUGAUGCAGGCAACACGCUCUCUGCUCAACUUCUCAUACAAAGCGCAGUUGCUGGCACACUCAGACAUCAGUUUGCAAUCAACAAUCGAUGAUUUGACAUUUUACUAUUCAAGUGUCAGAGUUUUCAUCAACAACAGUGCACGCUGUAAUGGGAAGGGCACACCAAUUCACCAUUUCCGAAUCCCCAAGCACCACAACCUCCAUCAUUUUGCCGAUGACAUACGUGAUCAUGGAACUAUGGACAAUGGUUCAUCAGAGAUAAUCGAGGCAUUGCAUAUUCCCACCUUCAAAGUCACUUACCAUGCAACAAAUCAGAGAGCAUACACCACCCAGAUUCUUGAUCAGCUUCAACAUGUUGACUCCCUCUCCAUUUACUCGUCAAUUCUGGAAGCUAAAGGGAUUAAUCAGUCUCAGAUUGAUCAAGCUACUAAAGGGCUCUCACCUCCAUGCAUGGAUGCCAAUGUGUCACUGAUCACUGUCUCAAAACAUCCACAAUCUGUCAGGAUGGCAGUUAAUGCAGCAUCAUCCAAGUUCUCCACCCCAGACCUUGCAUCAGCGAUGCUUCGAUUUUUCGUGUAUGAUUGUGACAUGGGCCUCAGACAUGAUCCAAAUCGAUACUAUUACGCCAGUACCAUGCCACUCCCACCACAAAUUAGUUCGAUUGAUAUCUGGCAUGCCUUUAAACUUCAGCGCCCUCCACCUAAUCUGUUUUACCCACCUUUGCACAUGCAAGUAUCAUGUUCCCCUCCUGGUACUAGAGACUGCACAGCAGCAUACACUGGCACCACAGUGCUCAUAAGGGUAAAUGGCACAUUCCAGAUUGGCAAGGCACGGAUCAUCUCUGCCUUACCUAAUGAUCGAGAAUUGGAGACUAUGAAGAAGCGACAACUGUAUGUGUUUGUCCAUUGGUUCAGCCCAAUCUCCAAUCUGAUCGCACACAUGCAUCUCCGAACAGUGAAGAAACUGAUAUCUAGUGAUGGCAUCCCUGAUGGUGGCAUUGUCCCACUUUCAAGUGUUGUCACACCAUGCCCUCUAGCACCUGUUCUCUGA